AUGAUUAUUGGGGGUUUAUUCAGGGAGUAUCUUGGAAGUUGUCCGCCCAGUUUCAACGGUGGUCGAAUAACAUUAGGGUGGUUGAAAAGUGAAUUUAAAGAGUUGUGCGAAAAUUAUUCGAAGGACGAGGCAAAAGCAUUUGCCUGGCAUAUAUACUACAACUUAUUGGAGUUCUCAAUAAGUGGUGGGAUCGUUAGUCAUACACAUCUAAGAUCCUUAUUCUACAGAGGUCAUAUAUCGAUAUUUAACCCUUAUCGAGACAAUGUUGUUGAGAGUGACGAUGACGAUGAGAAAGAGGAGGAUGAGGAAGAGGAUGAGAACAAUGAUGACGACGAAGAGGAGGAUGAUGAUGACGAAGAUAAGGACGACGAGGAGUAG